AUGGUAUCGAACGCAGUCUCGACGAGGUUGUCGCCAUCAUGGCGCUCUUCCCGAUGGUUUAUCCUCACCGUCGUGUCCGUUUCUUACAUGACGACGCUGUUUCUCUAUGGCAUGAUCGUCCCCAUUAUGCCAUCCGCCCUGGUCGCUCGCGCGGGGGUGCUGCCGCAAGAUAAGGUCUACUGGACCAGUAUUAUGCUCGUCGCGGAAACAGCUGCAGCAUUUUUCACCUGCCCCGUUUUUGGUUACUGGGUUGACCGAACGGGGAGGCGCAAAGUUCCUUUCCUUGCGGGUCUCGUUCUACUCGCUGCGUCAAUGUGCCUUUUCACAGUUGCACGAUCUGUAGCAACGUACAUCAUUGCUCGACUCUUGCAAGGCGCAUCUGCCGCCAUGGUUGAGGUCGCCGGUCUGGCACUUUUGAAGGAUGUGGUCGGAAAACAAGGUCUCGGGGAGGCCUUGGGAUAUAUGGGAACAGGAAGUAUGGUCGGACUUAUGGCGGGCCCACCCAUGGGAGGCCUCCUAAACAAGGUUGGGGGAUACUAUGCUGUUUGUGCCCUGGGGUUUGCUAUUGUCGCUGUGGAUGCGGCACUGCGUUUGGCUGUAUUGGAGAAGGGCGAGGUAGAGGAGCGCGGCAUCAAUUCUGCCCAGUACAGUGCUAUUCCUUCGACAGAUCCAGAAGACCAAGACGCGGCUUCGGGUGUAAACACAGCCCAUCCACCGUCAGGCUCAAAUGCGCAACGGGGCGUCGCUUUUGCCUCGCUGGAAUUGCUGAAGCAACCGCGAGUUGCAAUCACGCUUUGGGCACUCGUGGUUGAUGGAAUUAUUAUCGGUGCUUUUGACGCGACCGUGCCCAGCUUUGUGGAAAAAUUGUUCGGAUGGGACUCGUUCGCAGCCGGCCUCAUCUUCCUCGUCAUGGCGGCACCGUCGCUUUUAGAGCCGCUGUUUGGAAGGCUGUGCGACCGUUUUGGGGUCCGCAUCAUGGCAGUCAUUGGAUAUUCAUUGCUGACGCCUUCAUUGGUUUGUCUUCGGUUUGUGAGCCAUGACUCCGUCUCCCAGAAGAUUCUUUUCGGCGUGUUGGUUGCUUUCUGCGGCAUCUCCCCCGAUCUCGGGCAGCCGGGAUUGUACGUCGAGUCACAGAUGGUAAUCGAAGAGAUGGAACAGCAGUCCCCUGGAAUUUUCGGUGAGAAAGGGGCGGUUGCUCAGGCCUUUGGUCUGCAAACCAUGGCUAACUACGCUGGCCUGGCCAUUGGCCCCAUCCUGGGUGAAGCUCUGUUUGACAACUAUGGCUGGAAAGCGAUGGCUUUGGCCUUGGGGGCACUGUCUGCAGCGACGGUAGUGCCCUCCUUUUGGUUAAGUAAUCGGACCUACGGCCAUGAGACUGAGGAGACGGAAGAGCAACACCUGACAGUAGCAGCACCGUCCCCCUAUGGGACCCUUUAA